AUGAUAGGGUGGGAAGACGUUUACAAAGUGGUGGUGGCGAUGACACCACUUUACGCCGCUCUGAUCUUAGGCUACGGCUCCGUCAAGUGGUGGCGGGUGUUUACUCGAGAGCAGUGUGACGCCGUCAACCGCUUCGUCUGCUUCUUCACGCUUCCGCUCUUCACCUUCGAGUUCACCGCCAACGCCGAUCCUUUCAAGUGGAAUUAUUGGUUCAUUGCGGCCGACGCCAUCUCGAAGUUCAUUAUAGUGGUGGUGCUGGCGCUUUGGGCGAAGUGCAGCAGCAAGGGGAGCUACAGCUGGAGCAUCACGAGCUUCUCUUUGUGUACUUUGACGAACUCGCUCGUCGUCGGGGUGCCGUUGUUGAAGGCCAUGUACGGGCAGUUGGCGGUGGAUUUGGUGGUUCAGUCGUCGAUUGUGCAGGCGAUUGUAUGGCUGACGAUGCUGCUGUUCGUCUUGGAAUUCCGGCGGACGGGGAUUGACUUCUCGGCUGAAGCGGCGGGUGAAACGGGAAAAGAUCUGGAGGGGAGCGCGGCGGUUGCGGCCGGGCCGUCGUUCUGGUAUUUGAUGAGGACGGUGUGGUUGAAGCUGGCUAUGAAUCCCAACUCGUAUGCUUGUAUUAUAGGCAUUACUUGGGCUUUUAUUGCGAAUAGGUGGCAUUUUCAGAUGCCGAGCAUCAUGGAGGGAUCUAUAUUGAUCAUGUCAAGAGCUGGAACAGGCACUGCCAUGUUUAGCAUGGGGAUAUUCAUGGCACUUCAAGAAAAGUUGAUUGCUUGCGGGCCAGGGCUGACAGUGUUUGGGAUGGUUUUGAGGUUUAUUGCCGGACCGGCGGCUAUGGCUAUUGGUGCUAUCGCUGUGGGUUUGCAUGGUGACGCUCUACGUGUUGCUAUCAUUCAGGCAGCACUGCCACAAUCCAUUACAUCCUUUAUCUUCGCUAAAGAAUAUGGAUUGCAUGCACAAGUACUUAGCACUGCAGUGAUAUUUGGUAUGCUGGCUUCGCUUCCGUUAUUAAUAGCUUAUUAUGCGAUUUUGGAGUUUGUAAAUUGAUACCCUCAUCUUCUAUAAAAGAAAUUAUAGGGAGAUGGGGGAUCAUUGGCAC